CCCACCUGACUUACCUCCACACACACACACUCGAGAGAAAGAGACUUAAGUUCUUCUCUUGCUUUGAGCUCAUUACGUAAUAACAAUGACUAAUUUAGAAUUGUUUGGUUUUCAGGAUUGCUCCGCGAUAGCGAGGAAAAUAUCGGUGGAGCACGACGAGGACCACGGCAACAUCGCGAGGAUCUUCCUGGACGCUCACUCGAAGCUCCAGAUGGUCGAGUGGAGGGUCGUCGGGAAACUGAAGGGUUGCGUGAAAGGCAAAGAGGAAGCCCUGGUGAAGAUCGGCAACGAAUUGUCUUGCAGCAUAGAGGAAAUCAAAGAGCUGAUCGAUGCGGGCGGUCUAAUCCUCGAGAAGAACGUGAACACCCAGCACGACGUGAAGUCGAUGCUCGAGCGGAUGGAGAGAGUCCUGAAUUUGGGCUACCAUUUGGAGCGUGGUGGUGCGAAAGGCUUCUGCUUGGGCGUGCGGAACGUGAACUAUCUGGACGAGAUCGACGAUUUGCUCCAGAUUAAUUUCACCGACGACGCCGAUCACGCUUACAGAUUGGUUCACAGAGUCGAGGAGGUGGAUGAAUCCGUUAAUCUAGAGCAGGAAGAGUCGAUUUAUACGGAGAGCACGAAGAUGGCAGAUCCUUGGAAGCGCAGCUACCCCGAACAACAGAACAGAUUGUUAGGCAAUUUGGGCACGGUAUCGAUAAACGAGAGUGCGUCUUCGAGUUCGUUUCUAUUCCAUUGGAACAAUGAUUUAUUAAUUUAUCCUGCAGGCGACAGGGAAUUCGUUAUGGUCACGUACAUCGUUAACCCCGAUAAGAUAUUCGUCCAAAUGAAGAAGCACGAGAGCUUAAUCAACGUGCUGCAUCGUCGCCUGGAAGAGUGCGCUCUUCACUCCGAGCUGAUCGAUAAACCGGAAUUGAAUCAAAUGUACAUCACCAAGUACGGUAAGAAGGGAUAUCCGAGUUGGUGUCGUUGUCGCGUCACGCAAAUGGACGUCUCGAAUCUUCCGGUCGUUUUUCUCAUCGACUUUGGUAUCAUAUACAAUAGCAAAAAGGACGAUUUGCGCAACAUCUCGUUGGAGCUGGCGAACAUUCCGAAAUUGGCGAUCGAAACCAAACUGUACGGUUUGUACCCGGUCAAACAGCAGUGGGAUCGUCCGGUGAAGCAGCUCUUAGUAGACAUCACCAAAGGAUGCGACGUUCUGAUGAUCGUGCUGGCGCGCAAACACAUCCUCGAGAUUGACUUCAUCGCUUACAAUGAUGCCGAUGAAUAUUCCGUACGCGAUACGCUCAUUUUCUUGGGGUACGCGAUGACCUUCGUCUCUGAAAAACAACCUAUGAAAAUCGAGAAAAUCGUCACGAAGUCUCGGUUUUACGAUAGAUCCGAAUACUUCAGGAUACUCGAGAGUUAUUCGGUCACCAUCUCGCACAUCAACAGUCCGUCCGAUUUCUACGUGCAGUUGCUGCAGUUUCGAAACGAUCUUAAUAAUCUGCAUUCGAUGAUGCAAGAGCACUACACGAAGACGAAGAAGGGGUACAUCUACACGCCUGAAGUCGGAAUGCCGAUUGGCGUGAUGAUCAGAGAUAACGUCUGGCGGCGGGCGAUCGUCAAAUCUAUCGUCUUGGGCAAAGGUUCGGUGGACGCGUUCCUCGUGGAUUACGGCGAGGUGCUGCGCGUCCAUUGGAACAAUAUCAGAAGACUGCCGGAGUCGUUCAUCGCGUUGGAGAGUCAGGCGAACAACGUUGCUCUCGCUGACAUCGAACCAUGCGGUAAGAAUUGGGGCGACGCAGCUACAGCUUACUUGAGGAAGUACGUGAACGGCAACGAGCAUCUGAUGUUGGUCAUCAAAGAAUUAUCGAAUCCCCUCGAGAUCGGACUGUUCGAAUACCAUAUCAGCAUCAAGAAGAGCAUCAACGCUCUGCUCGUGAAAGCGAACUUUGCCAAAUCUACUGGUGAACUAUCCGAUGUCGUGGAGUGGCCCAUCGGCUGCGGCGGGAACGAAAAGAAACCCGACGAAAUGUUUAUAUCGACAAUGCUGAAAACGGUGCAGGGCUUCUCGAAUGAUUCCCAAUCCGAUGAGGAUAACAUCGACGAAGAGAAUAUGUCGAUAAAAUCGAAGCCGGUGCAGGUGCUGCGCGUGGACGGGCCCGAUCAGAUCUACGUGAAAUUCACGGAGAACCCAAGCGAGUUGCUCGAUCUGCAGAGCUUCUACAUCAAGCUGCAGAAGCACUACGGCAAACGCGACUGCAAGACACGAGAGUUCUGGAGGGAAGGCGACAUUGCCGUUGCCAAGAACCCGAAAGAUCAGCAGAUCCAUCGGGUGCUGAUAAAGAAGUCGGGCGAUGAGACCAGUCACGUCUUCAGCAGAGAUUACGCCGUAUACUUUGACGUGCCGAACUCCGAAUUGCAGAUCGUCGAAGAGGAAUUCGUUAACGUUCCGCCGUUCGCGUGUCGUUGCCAUCUGUACGGUGUUAAAGCGGCUGGUAACUCGUGGAGUCUGACCUCUAAAGAUUACCUGUCGGAACUGUUAUUGAACAGCAACAACAUUCAUUUCAGCAAGAUGGGAGACGUGGUGCAAAAAUCGACGCCCGGUGUCUUCUGGAUUAAGGUAUUGAAAUCGGAGUCGGCGCUGAAGCGAUCGAUCUUCAAGAUGAGCAACGUUAACUUGCUGCUGGUUAAAAACGGAUUGGCCAUCAAGUACGGCAACUGGGAUUUCCAGAGCAACGAAAAUCUGAAGCCGUGCAAGGAUUACAUCGAGGACGGAAGAUCGGGUAAAUGGUUGGAGCCGAUCUGCUUGGAGGUGGAGAGCGUCGAGGGUAUCGCGACGAAUGUCGGUGACGAUGGGACCAUUUACUUUCACACCGUUUCGGCAUCCGUGCAAGCGUCGGAAAUGGAGAAGCUGAUGCAAACCUGCUUGGAUUCCGAGGCGAUGGUGCUGAGGAACUGGUCCGUGGGCGAUCGCUGCUCGGUGCGUUAUCACAGGAACAACAAAUGGUAUAGAGGGAUACUCCUUGAUAUCAUCGAGGACGAAUAUCGCGUGUCCAUGAUUGAUUAUGGAAACGUGGAGGUGGUGAAUUGCGAUAACAUUAGGAGCGACGUGUUCUUCGUGGAGGUUCCGCAGCUCGCGAACAGCGUCAAACUCGCCGACGUCUAUCCGAGGCACGACACCUUUUACGUGAGGGAUCUGGACAUUCUUCACACGUUGAUCGUGGAGAAAUCCGUGCUUGUCAAUUACGUCGACACCAGCUAUCAUUACGGCAUCAUCUACCAGGGGGUCAUCAAUGUUAACGACUACAUGAUCAGCAACACCACUUGCGUCGCCUAUCAAAUGAGCGAAUCCGACGACGAGGAUGUCAUUAUUCUGGAUUACGAUCAUGCAGAAGAACUGAACUACACGUAUCCGGAGCUACCGCCGGAACGGUACAUCCUUGCCGCACUCAUCAAUCAGUUCGAUCACAACAAGCUCAUCUUCGAAGUGACGGGCGUCGACGAGAGCUGCAGCGGCUUCAACGACUUGUGCGAACAGUUGAGACAAGAGGGCAACAGUCAAGCUCUGAUCCGAAAUCCGGAGGAAGGAAUGCCCUGCAUCGCUGUGUUCCGCGAAGACCAGAGCUGGUAUCGGGCGAGCAUCCUCGACGUGCUGAACGAGGAAACCGUGAGGGUUUACUUCGUCGAUUUCGGCAACGUCGAGAUCAUCACGAUCGACAACGUCCGCAAGAUCAAGCCGGAAUGGAUGAAGUUUCCCGUGCACCAGGUCACCGCCACCAUCAACAACAUGACUUCCUUCGACGAAGAGUUAAUUAAAUCCUAUUUCAAUACGGUCCAACGACUCGAGAUCAUAGAAAGACAUCCGCUUAUUGUUAAUAUUUGCAAGUCUUCGCUCUAAUUCAAUCCAUUGUUUUACUUCCUAAGAAUACAUUUUUCUUUUUCUUUCUUUCAAUGAAAAUUACGUUUCAUUCAGAGGUAUUCUUUAAUUUAUUAUUAUUAUUUAUUAGCAUAAAUAUUGUUUUAUUUAUCGAAAACUGUUAUUUUCAGUUACACAUCGUUUCUGUAUUAUCUAUGUUUACUA